AUGACUGAGGUUAAAGAGAAAAAUGAGCCUAGGGUAGUGUACUAUAUGCCACAUCAUGGUGUAUACCGACCUCAAAAAACAGCAACUAAAUUGAGAACAGUGUUUAAUGCAUCAUGUUUAACAUCAAAUGGAAUUUCGCUAAAUUCUUUACAACGUAAUGAAGGGGUUAUUCAAGAUGAUCUCUUUUCAAUGAUGCGUAGAUUUGAAAAGUACCCAUUCGCAUUUACGGCAGAUAUUAGAAGAAUGUAUAAAAUGAUUGAAAUUAACCCUGAACAGAGAUGCUUGCAGCGAAUCCUGUGUGGAAAUGAAAGUGAUGCACCUGGGAAAAGCUACGAGUUAAUACUGUGA